GUUAUGAAGCUGAGGAAGCUGGCCCAGCAGGUAGCUAACUGUCGGCAGUGCCUGGAGCGCUCCACAGUCCUCAUCAAUCAAGCGGAACAUAUCCUGAAAGAGAACGACCAUGCACGGUUCCUGCAGACUGCCAGGAACGUGGCCGAGAGGGUCGCCAUGGCAACUGCAUCCUCUCAAGUGCUGAUACCAGAUAUCAAUUUUAACGAUGCCUUUGAAAACUUUGCUUUAGAUUUUUCCAGAGAAAAGAAACUGCUGGAGGGGCUGGAUUAUCUCACAGCACCCAAUCCACCGUCUGUCCGAGAGGAGCUUUGUACAGCUUCCCAUGACACCAUUACAGUCCAUUGGAUCUCGGAGGAUGAGUUCAGUGUUAGCUCCUAUGAGCUCCAGUACACCAUCUUCACCGGCCAGGCCAACUUCAUCA